CACCGGAAGGAAAUCUUUCCUUCGCGACACAGGUCGGUUGCUGGGCAACAGGAGGAAAACUUACUGAAAGAUGGCGGAAGAAAACAUUUCAGCCGUUAGGAAGAAGAUAACGGCCGAAUUUCAGCUGUUUGACUACGAGAACAACAACACGGUGGACGUCCGGGAGAUUGGGACCAUUAUAUAUUCUCUGGGCUGCUUCCCCACUCAAGCAGACAUACGCGAAUUCAUAGCCGAGGUGGAAGAGGAUAACUCAGAAAUUGUACAUCUGGAGAAGUUUCUUCCAGCUAUGACCAAAGUCCUGUUGGAGAACAAGUUUCCUCCCAUCCCUCGGACCAAGAUUUUACAGGCUUUCAAGGUUCUGGACAGAGACCAGAACGGUUACCUUCAACCUGAAGAGCUGACAAAGUAUAUGAUGGAGAAAGGUGAGCCUUUCACUCAAGGGGAGAUGGAUGAGAUGCUAAAAACACACACUCAUCGACAGGAGAAUGUUAUAUAUUACCCAAAGAUAAUCGACAAACUCAUCGUUGAUCCUGGCAUGUAGGAAGAGUCAGCCAAAGCUGUUUCAUUAGAUAUUAUAGUGCCUGUACAGUGUAUAAUACACUUAUUGAAAAUAAUCCAGCCUGUUAUGCUGGGAUAACUUUUAAUGUUUUAAAUUAUUUCUCAGGUGGCACAUAAGCCUGCUAUGGCAAGACCUCAAGUAAACAUGGGCUUAAUUUAAAUUGUCACCCUUGCAAGAGUUUCCAGUUUGAUGUGUUGAGUUGGCUUUACUUAGUCUCUUCUCAAGCAGAUAGCCUGAGUAAUUCACCAGUUAUCAGCUGAUUGUACUCGUGUUGCUCCAUAGAGAACAGAACAGCCAGAAAGUGUGCCGUUCUACUAAAUGUAAAAGUUUUUAUUAUUCUAUCUUAGUGAAUUUGAUAUAUCAAAAUAAUAAAGACUUUUGGGUUUUAAGUCAAA